AUGAUUUCAUUUGAUCAAAUUCUUGAAACAAAAAUUGGAACUGGGUUGUACCAAGGCAGGACUCUCUUUAUUAUCGGUUUGGUCGAAUUUUGUGAUGGAGUUGAGUAUACAUUUAUGUCAAUCUUGAUUGCUAUUCUCUAAUCUGAAUGGAAUUUGAAUAAUGCUUAGGUUGCAACUUUGGGAUCAUCCUUUAUUUUUGGAGUCGUAUUGGGAAAUUUGCUAUGUGCAUUCUUGGCUGAUAGAAUAGGCAGAAAGAUUACUUUCUCGAUAUUCACAGGUUUGAGUUCGUUUUUGGUAUUUUACACAAGUUUUAGCAAUUCCUAUGGAGAAAUGAUUAUUCUAAGGAUUUGCUUUGGUUUAGUUUUUGGUACAACUUGUCCCUUGGGGUAUAUUUUUAUCUCUGAAGUCACUGAAGCCAAAUACAGAGGCAGAUUUGCCUUUGGAUUAUCAUUACUCUAUAUUUUUGGAAAGAUCUAUUUGGUUUUUCUUUGCUUCUUCUUUUUAGAUAGCUACACAUCUGGCAAUUGGAGAGGUUUGAUUAGAUUCAAUGUUAUACCUAUCACUAGUGCUUUUAUCCUAUCCUUGUUUUUCGUUAAAGAAACUAUAAGAUAUCAUUUAAAUAAGGAGGAAUACCAAAAAGCAUUCGAAGAAAUUGAAAACAACAUUAAAGAGAAUGGAAGAGAGAACGUGCAGUUUUUGGAUGAAGAUGUAUGGCAUUAAUUGUUGUAUUUUAUAGAAAAAAGGUUUAUAGGAAUGGGCUCAAAAAUAAAUCCAGGAACAGAGAGAGCAACAACUGCAUGUAUAUGGAGUUCUAUCAAAUGA